GUUCUUGAUCGCUUGCAUAGAGGGCACUCUGAUAUUGGGUGACCUCGAAAAAGAUGGUCUCCGCCACUGCGCCCGAGAUUCAAAUGGACGAGAUUGCCAGCCAGACUGCGCCAAGCCAACGAGGUUCGGAGAAUAAACCCGAGGAAUGCAUUACACAGGCACGGUGUAGUUCACAUACGGUUGAACAUGAAGCGCCAAAGUCCCGCGGUAGUUGGCGUAUCGGUGCUAUCUUGAUCGCCCUGGCAUUGAGCCUGUUCAUAUCAGCCCUGGAUCAGACCAUUGUAGCGACGGCUACCCCGACUAUAUCUGCAGACUUGCAUUCAGGCGGCGGAUAUGUCUGGAUUGGCGGGGCCUAUCUACUCGCCAAUGCCGCCAGCGGCAACAUCUGGGCCAACCUGUCUGACAUCUGGGGCCGGAAACCGAUCCUGCUAUUGGCCGUCGCGCUGUUAUUCGUUUCGUCAAUUGUAUGCGCCACAGCGGUGGAUAUGGCAAUGUUGAUUGUAGGCCGCAGUUUUCAGGGUGUUGCUGGAGGUGGGCUUAUCCAGCUCAUUCUCAUAACUAUAUCGGAUCUGUUCAGUGUCAGACUCCGUAGCCUGUUCAUGGGUCUUAUGGAAUGUACCUGGACGGUGGCUGGUGCUCUCGGUCCUGUGCUUGGUGGUGUCUUCACCGAGUCCAUCUCGUGGCGCUGGAUCUUUUGGAUUAAUCUUCCAGUAUGCGGUACGGCUUUCGUGCUGCUGAUCCUGUUCCUGGAUGUCCAUAAUCCCAGGACACCUAUGCUCGAAGGAAUCAAGGCAGUAGACUGGUUUGGCAGCUUGUCCAUUCUAGCCAUCUCCGUCAUGAUUCUCCUCGGAUUAGACUUUGGCGGCGAUACCUUCCCCUGGGAUAGCCCUAAAGUGAUUUGCUUGAUCGUGUUCGGCGCCCUGAUGUCCGUUGCAUUCAUCUACAGCGAGAAGCGUCUGGCGAAAUACCCGCUCAUGCCCCUCCACAUCUUCACAAGCCGUUCAAAUAUUGCUUGCUUCUUGGUGGACUUCACACACGGCUUUGCAUUUCUCGGUGCGGAGUACUACCUCCCACUCUAUUUCCAGUCUGCCAAAGCGGCCUCCCCUUUCCACUCAGGUCUGCUCAUUCUCCCCUUCAUCCUAACCGAAUCCUUCACCAGCCUCGCAGUUGGCAUCGUGAUCCACCGCACCGGCCGCUACCAAGAGGUCAUUUGGCUGGGGAUGGCCCUCGUGCUGCUAGGAACAGGCCUCUUCAUUGACUACAGCACUUCCACAUCGCUUGGGAAGAUCAUCGGCUACCAAAUCAUUUCCGGCUUCGGAUGUGGCCUGCUCUUCUUCCCGCCACUCCUCGCACUCCAAAGUAACAUCCCAACGAAAGACACCGCAACAGCAACCGCGACAUUCGGGUUCGUGCGGAAUGUCGCCAUGGCGCUUUCCGUCGUGCUGGGCGGCGUUGUCUUCCAAAAUAGCAUGGGUCUGAAGAGGGAUCUCCUAGAGGACGCUGGGCUGUCCAGUGCCCUGCAAGAGGACUUUACAGGUGCGGAGGCGGCGGCGAAUGCCCUGGCUGUAAAGGAUAUUACGGACUCUUUGCAGAGAGAAGCUGUCGAGACGGCAUUUGCUUGGAGUAUCCGAAAUAUCUGGAUUUUGUAUACUGCUCUUGCCGCAGUGGGCCUUGUUGCGAGCUUUUUCAUUACGAAGAGGCAACUUAGCAAGGAGCAUGUGGAGACUAAGACUGGACUAAAGGAGAAGGAGAAGAAUACUGCGGAAGUUUAG